CUGUGGGGGAACGUCCGUUGUGCGUGUGUGCCCUUGUGGCUCCGGACAAAGGAAGUCGCGUUGAGGAGAUCCGUCCCGGGAGGCUCCUUCUCGCCCCAGGCAGUUUGCAGGACACUCCCUCAGCGUGCUUCCAACGGAUCCGGCGUCUCUGCAUCUGCCCACUGUGGCUCCCACGUGCGGCGAACUAAUGCCCACACUCGCCGCUUUCCUCCCCGCGUCUCCAGCAGAGAGGGGCCGUGCUCCCGGGACUUUUCACGGCAGCGUGGACAGUGAGAGAGAGAGAGACUGAGAGAAAGGUCUUCCUUUGCCGUUGGUUCAUCCUCCAAUGGCCGCCGCGGCCAGCACGCUGCAGCCGGAGCACCGCACUGAUCCGAAGGCAGGAGCCAGGUGCUUCUCCUGGUCUCCCAUGGGGUGCAGGGCCCAAGGACUUGGGCCAUCCUCCACUGCACUCCCUGGCCACAGCAGAGAGCUGGCCUGGAAGAGGAGCAACCGGGACAGAAUCCGGCGCCCUGACCAGGACUAGAACCCCGUGUGCCGGCGCCGCAAGGUGGAGGAUUAGCCUAGUGAGCCACGGUGGAGGAUUAGCCUAGUGAGCCACGGCGCCGGCCUUGCUGUUUUCUUUAUGUGAGCAAAACGGAAUGGUCAGAGAGCAGAUGAAUCCUGACAGAGUCUUCAUCUCCAUUCCAAAGUGAGCAGCUCUUGCUGUCACAGGUAUAAUUCUGGGCACCUCCACAUAUUUCCAAGAGCAAAGAAAAUUAAUGCAUCACCUGUGAUGAUAACAUUUGAAGACCUGGCUGUGUACUUUACCUGGGAGGAAUGGCAGAACAUGAACAAAACUCAGAAAACCCUGUACAGGGAUGUGAUGCUGGAGAUCUACAGCAGCCUGCUUUCCUUGGGAUACUGCAUGACCAAACCUGACUUGAUCUUCAAGUUGGAGCAAGGAGCAGAGCCAUGGAUAGUGGAAGAAUGCCUAAGUCAAAGCCUUCCAGUUGCCAUGAAAUGGGAUUACCUGACUGAGACACACCAGGAAAGUGAAGACACAAAUUUGAUUCAGGAUGGUAUGAAAUAUAACAAGACAUCAAAUCUCAAGAGAAUUGUAUUAAGAAAAACACUUAAUUUAAGUUCAAGCCAUAUUCCAAAACUGAUUAUCAAGAAGGGAGCCUAUUCAGGAAUGAAUGCUGAGGAAUGCAAUGUGUUUCAAGAUGUGUAUCCCCCCAGCAGGCCUGGAGAUAAAUUUGAUGCCACUAAGGUACCUGGGACCUCUGUCCAGUGCUAUGACCCAGUUAGUCAGCAUUGCAAGAUUCAGACUGUGAAGCAGUCAUUUGAACAUACUGGACAAGGGAAAACCUUCAAUAGGAAGAAGAUACUCUGUACAUUUGAGAGGGUUCAUAAACGAGAUACCAGUAAUAAGUCAACUGUCACUGUUGGAAAAGCAAUUCAAAUAGAAAAAGCUUUCCAUAAAAAUUCUAAACUCAGUAAGCAUCAACAAACCCACACAAGAGAGAAACUUUCUGAAUAUAUUAAGCCUGUGGAACAUGUCAUUAACCAAUCACAUCUUACAAUAAAUCAGAGACCACAAAUAGGGAAAAAGCCCUAUGCUUGUACACUUUGUGGGAAUUCAUUCAGUUAUAACUCCUGCCAUGCCAUUGAUCACUGUACUCACAUACAAGAAAACCCUCAUUUAUGCAAUGAAAGUGGAGAAACCACUUACCAGAAGUCAUAUCUCAUGAGACAUCAGAAAAUCCACAGGCAGAGGAAACAUCAUGAAUGUAAUGAAUGUCAAAAAAUCUUUUUCCAGAAAUCAAACCUUAUAACACAUCAGAAAAUUCACACAAGGAAGAGACCUCAUGAAUGCAAUGACUGUGGAAAAGCCUUUUGUUAUAAAUCACAACUCAAAAUACAUCAGAGAACUCAUACAGGGGAGAAACGUCAUGAAUGUAAUGACUGUGGAAAAGCCUUUGGUUUUAAGUCACAUCUCAUACAGCAUCAGCGAACUCACACAGGGGAGAAGCCUCAUGAAUGCAGUAACUGUGGAAAAGCCUUUGGCUCUAAAUCACAUCUCAUACAGCAUCAGAGAACUCACACAAGGGAGAAACCUCAUGAAUGUAAUGACUGUGGAAAAGCCUUUGGCUCUAAGCCACAACUCAUACGGCAUCAGAGAAUUCACACAGGAGAGAAACCUUAUGUGUGCAAUCACUGUGGAAAAGCCUUUUGCUAUAAGUCACAACUCAUAAUACAUCAAGGAACUCAUACAGGGGAGAAGCCUCAUGAGUGUAAUGACUGUGGAAAAGCCUUUGGCUUUAAGUCACACCUCAUCAUACAUCAGAGAAUUCACACAGGAGAGAAGCCUCAUGAAUGCAGUGACUGUGGAAAAGCGUUUGUGUGUAAAUCAGGCCUCAUACGGCAUCAGAGAACUCACACAGGGGAGAAAUGUCAUGAAUGUAAUGACUGUGGGAAAGCCUUUUCCCAGAAAUCAAACCUUAUAACACAUCAAAAAAUUCACACAGGGGAGAAACAUCAUGAAUGUAAUUACUGUGGAAAAGCCUUUUCCCAGAAAUCAUACCUCAUAACACAUCAGAGAAUACACACAGGGGAGAAACCUUAUGAAUGUAAUGACUGUGGAAAAACCUUCAGUCAUAGGUCCCACCUCCAGACACAUCAGAGAAUUCACACAGGAGAAAAGCCUUAUGAAUGUAUUGACUGUGGAAAAGCCUUUUCCCAGAAAUCACAACUUAUAACACAUCAGAGAAUUCACACAGGGGAGAAACGUCAUGAAUGUAAUAACUGUGGAAAAGCCUUUUACCAGAAAGCACAACUCAUAACACAUCAGAGAAUUCACACAGGGGAGAAACGUCAUGAAUGUAAUGACUGUGGAAAAGCCUUUGGCCAAAAGUCACAUCUCCUCCUACAUCAGAGAAUUCACAGAGAGAAGAAACCUAAUUAUUUUAAUGACUGAGAAAGUCUUUUACCAUAAUUCAACCCUUAUUACACAUCAUUAAAUUCAUAUAAGGGAAAAUCCUUUGAAUGUAAUGCAUUGGAAAAGUCUUUAUCCAGAAGUCACACCUCAUAAGACAUCAGAGAAUUCAUAUGGGAUUCACAUUGUGGGGUGGGGAACCUCAUGAAUUUAAUGAGUGUAGGAAUGCUCUUUGCCAAAAUCACACCUUAUAGUAUCAGAAAACUCAUAAGGUGGAUACUUAUGAAUGUCAUAAAUGUGGAUUAGCUUUUUUUCCUUCAGGAUAUUUCAUAACACAUAAGAAAAUUCAAAGAAAGGAGAGUCCUUGAGAAUAUAAUGAGUACAGAAGAGCUUUUUCCCAAAAUCAGUGUAACCAUUGUGACAAAGCCUUUUGCUGAAAAUCAUACCUCAUGUAUCAAGAUAUGCACAUAGUGAAGAAAGCUUAUGAAUGUCAUUAGUGUGAAGAAAGCCAUUUGUCAGAAACUGAUCAUUGUGCGUCAGAGAAUUCACACAGGGGGUUUUGUUGGAGUAAAAUGAAUGUGGAAAAAUUUUUCUGGAAUUCAUGCUUGGAGAAAUAUCAAAUUCACAGAAGGUGAUAUCUUUUGAAUGCAGUAAAUAUGAGAAAAUCUUUAGCUAGAAACUAGACCUCAACGAACAUCAGAGAAUUCACAAAUUAAACAUUUCAAUGUAAUCAAUAUGAAAAAAAAAUCUGUCAUAAAUCAGUCUUGAAUUCCCAUGAAGACUCAGAAAUGAGAAAACAUGCAUGUAUAGUGAAGCCCUGUACCAUCUCUCAAAGCUUAACUGAGAGCUCCCACAUAGGAAAACUCCUAUGACCAUAAUUUAAUUUGAAAAAAACCAUUACUGUAAGGCAAACUCAGCAAACCUUAGCAAAAUUACAAAGAAGCCUCUGAAAAAGUAUUGUGUGUGGAACAAUUCUUUGGUGGAAUCACACCUCAGCACGUAUUAGGCAGCUUACGUGAUGGAAUUAUACUGUGAGACCAACACUCGUUAAUUGUUCUUUAGAAACUUUUUUUUAUCUUGUAUACCCUGUAUUUUUAACUUUCCCAUUAUUGUGAGUGAGACCAAGUAAAUAAACUAUGCUCUCCUGUAUAAAUUUUGCUAACAAAUAUUCAAUCUGCAACACUUAUUUGAAAUACCAUCUUCAUUAGUUACAAAAUUAUUUUGUAUAGCAAUUUUGUUAUCUGCCCAGUACUCUUUCCCUAUAUUAUUGUAGUAAAACCACUGGUGUGACCAUAGGCAUGUCAACUGACUAUGUUCCAACCAUGAUACUCUACCCCAACCCUGAAUGAUGAGUGCUAUGUCCAGCAUAUUGAAUGAGUCUCUGGUGAUCUGUAUACUUAUGAGAAUUUUCAAAUUACCUGUGUGGAGAUCAGGAUUAGGCAACACUAACCAAGAUGUGUUUGUAUAUUCAGGCAGGUGUUAUCCCACACAUCACCAUCAUUCUAUAAAAGGACAACCUCAAAUCUUAUAAAUUGCAACACUCCUUAUCUCUUGAAUUUUCCUAUAUUACUGAGUGUAUACAGUCCCUUUUAAAAUCUUUCAUUCAUGGUCCCCUGUUUCUAAUUUUCUUCCUUAAAUUCCUUCUUGCUCAGACAUAAGAACUUGGACUGAAGUCUAUUCAGAGGGUACCCAUUGCAACAGAGAAAUGGGUACGUCAAUGUAGUUUACUUUUGUGUUAAUAUAACUUUAUAGUGAUUUUGUGGUAAUCAUUUUGGUUGUAUUCUGCCCUUCUAAAGCUGACCCUCAGCUUCACUGAAAAUUUGUAUUUUCAUCCCUUCCCCAUUUACACAAUCUUUUUUAUAUUUUAGUCAGAUAUAUGCACAACUCAGACCUCAGGAUAUAGUCAGGAUAGACACUACCUAGGAUGUGUGUCCAUUUCUUGGUGACUUGGCUGCAAAUGCAAUGAUCAUCUAGCUGCGGUAGAUCUUUAAUUUUCCAUCAGGAGGACAGUCCUGCCAGUCAUCCCUUCUGCCUCAAAUACUACCCAGUGGGAAUAGCUCACUCUCCUUUGUCAAGUCUCCUAGCUUCUUCCAACAGUUGAUCAUAUCAAAUCUCAGGAUAAUCCCACAUUUAAUAGAAAAUGAAUGGUGUGGCUGAUGGCAGUUUCAGUGAGGUUGAAUGGUUUGCUAGACUGCUGCCAAUGGGGCAGAUUCUAUGUUACUCAGCUCUCAUCUAAAAUAUUGCAUGACUGAGGACUUGUUUUUGGCUCCCAGCUAAAUAUGGUGGUUUUUUUUUUUUUUCAUGGAACCUGGGGGUAUUAUGUUGAAAAAAAUUUCAUAUAUGUGAUUGGGUUAGCCUGGGUUUUCUAUGUAACCCUGGCUUCAGUCACAUGUGCUCAUACAUUCCAAAGGCCAAAGGAGGUUUAUGUUCAAAGAAAAUAAAAAUUGAUGUCACCAUGAAGCCAAGGAUGAAAGUGGUAUAACCACAAGCAAUGACAGAUGCUACUGGAAGCUGGAAGUGGCAAGGAACAGAUUAUUCCCUUGGGACCAGAUGGAGCACAGACCUCCCUGCAUUUCAGCUUGAGCCAGAGUGAUUUGCUUUUCAUCUUUUAAAUAGUGACAAUGCAUUUACCUUUUUUCAGUUAUGAAGUUUGUGAUCAUUUCUGAUAGUAACAAUAGGAAGCCAGAUUCUCUUGUUACUUCCGGGAGGUAACUGAAAAUCCAUGAAAUAGAUGAGCAUGAUCUCUGGAGGUAAAAGUUGAAAGACUGAUCAGAUAUGGAAACUUGACAGAAGAGCUAGUAGGGUCAACAUCAGAUUGAUUAGGUAGCUUCCUGCUCCAGAUCUCAGUAUUAAUACAUGAUGAUUCUUUCCUUAAAAAAGUCAUUUCUUGUGUCUAAAUGGAGUUUUGUUUUUUGGUUUUUUGUUUUUAAAUGUUUCUUAUCACUAAUGCCUCAAUAAAUUCCUCUCUUCUACAAUUCAUUGUCAUAUAUUUUAUUUACAAAUAAGCCUGAGUGACAAGGAGAGGAAAGUUAUCUUCAGAAAUCCCCUAAUUUCUCUCAAUUGUAGAUUUGGUGUUUGAUUCUUAGAUUAAUUAUGGUUUCUGUUGACUGAGGUACUGGUUAAGUUUUUGACUGAUGUUGACACAAUCUCUUGUGCUUGGUAAUUGUAUAUUUUCUGGCUCAGCAUCUUGUUUUCUUAUCUGAAAGUUUCUGGUUUUCUGUAUGGACAUUGUAUGACUAGAUGUUUUUACUGCUUGGAUUUCCUUCCAUCUUAGUUCUGUUUUCUUCCAAAACAGGGCUGAGACAGGAGCACAUAUGAGUGGCUUCUUUAGGACCUGGUGACAAAGGAAGAGUGAGGGCAUAGAAAAUGUUAGAAAGGGAAGCAAGUUCACAGAAGACAGUGCUGCUCAGUAGGUGGCUAAUGUGAGCCAGCUAGUCUCCUUAUCACUCUGAACUCUAUAGAGCCAAGAAAUCACUGUCUACUGAUCUGCUGAGAUUUGAAAACUGUGACCAUUGUGUGUCACUGGAUAUUGUUUUUGACCCUUUUAUAUCCCUGUUAACUUCAGUGAGCUUUAUUAAAGGCUAGCAUAGUCAGUUGACAUGAGUGAAAGAGCUUUGUAGGAUUAUUAUAGAAAAAAGUGCCUCCUGGGGUCGGUGCUGUGGCAUAGCAGAUAAAGCCAACACUUGCAAUGCUGGCAUCUCAUAUGGGCACUGGUUUGAGUCCCAGCUGCUCCACUUCCAAUCCAGCUCUCUCCUGUGGCCUGGGAAAGCAGUGAGAGAUGGCCCAAGUCCUAAGGCCCCUGGACCCAUGUGAGAAACCCAGAAGAAGCUCCUGAGCUCCUGGCUUCAGAUCGGUGCGGCUCCAGCUGUUGCAGCCUUCUGGGGAGCGAACCAGCAGAUGAAGGAUUCUCUCUCUCUCUCUCUCUCUCUCUCUCUCUCUCUUUCUCUUUCUCUUUCUCUUUCUUUUCUCUCCCUGCCUUUCAAAUAAAAUAAAUAAAUCUUAAAAAAAAAAAAAAAGUGCCUGGUGAUGAAGAGCAGGACAUACAGACUCACACAGUAGAAACACAGUAGGUAACAAGACUGAAGGAAUGGAAAUUUGCAGACAAUCAUUACAUAUGACUUAGGUUUAAAGUUAGUUGUUUUGAGGAAAGGUCUUUGGUUUAGUGCUUAAUAACACACUUGGGAUUUCCACACCCCAAUCUGAAUAUCUGGUUUUGAGUCCAGCUCCACUUCUGAUUCUAGCUUCCUGAUAGGCGCAUAUUAGGAGGCAGCAGGUGAUGAUUUAAAUAUUUGGACCUUGACAUUCAAAUGGGAAACCCAGAUCUAGUUCUAGUCUCCUGGCUUUAACUGUUCUGGCCCAGCUAUUGUUAGCCUUUUGGGGUUAGACUGGAAGACAAAAGAUCAUUUUCUGCAUCUGUCUCUCCCUUCCAAAUUAAAAAAAAAAAAAAAAAGGGUUGUUGAGGAUUGUUUAGUUAAUUUUGUUAAUUCCUGUUCUCCUUUGGGUAAAGAAUCUGUCCAUAGAUUCUUAUGUGUCUGCCCCUAUGGAGAUAAGGGCAGGUAAGACAGUGGCUCAGUUGUGAGGGUCUAACAAAAAAGACACUGGGUGGGGUCAACUAUGGCUUCUCAGGAAUGGUAAUGUAUAAGUAUAAAUCCAGAGAGUGAAUAUUGAAUAAAUACAGCAUUUUAAAAAGGUAUACUACAAUUUAACCCUGGAAUUCUUCACAUCAGAUUUGGAAUAAAGCCUUUGGUAUAUUUGAAUGGCCUGAAUAGUAAUAAAGAUUUAUGCCUUACUCUCUAA